AUGUUCACUCCGCUGCGCUCCAUCGCCUCCAAGGCGAACACUCGCACAUACCACGACCUGGCGCGGGUCACUCUCAUCGGCCGCCUGGGCGCCGACCCGAUCCUGCGCGAGACGUCCUCGGGCAAACCGUACUAUACAUACAGCGUAGCGACCACCGUUGGCCCGCGCACCACCGACGAGACAGGCAACCGCGUCGAGCCGCCCACCUCGUGGCACACCGUGUUUGCGUUCUCUGAGGCGAGCCACAAGCUACUACCCUAUGUGGGGAAGGGGUCGACAGUGUAUGUGGAGGCUGAGUUGGAGAUGCGGAGUGGCGGGAAUGCGAGCGACGGGACGCCGCUCCCCGACCGUCCCCUUCUGCGGCAUCAGAAGAUGAAUGUCAUCAACCGGGUUCGACCUGCGGGUGAGGAGGAGGACGAGGAGUUGGCGGACGAGCAGGAGCAGUAG